UUUUGAAAAACAUUUCCUCAUUUCUUGUCAAUCAAAAAAAAAAAAACCUCAUAAUUUUUUGUAUUGAGGUUGAGCUGUCCCCUGCUGCAAUAUAAAGUUAUAAACAGCUGUUUGUUUUUUUCACACCGCACAACAAAUGUGUGUGUGAGAGAGAAACUGCUCUUAGUACAACAAUCCAUAAGAUUAUUGUGAGCAUUUGUAUAUGAAUUUGUGAUACGAUAUCAUGGAGUGGAAUGCGAAAUCUCCUGGGCAAUGGGACUGGGAAAACUUAUUCUUCGUGAAUUCAAAACCCGCAGAAAAUCACAAGUCUCAGUCUACUGAUUGGAGUGCGGAGACAGAUCGAGAAAUCAAUGUCGGAAUGCUGUUUCCAUCAAGUGGUAGUGGCUGUUCCGCGUCUAAACUGUUGCACGCGUCGUCCUCGAGGAGCUCAAAGUCUGCUUCCAAUAAUUCAUCGUCAAACGGGGAGAGCAAGACAUCUAUGUCAACUCGGGAAUGUUCUCAAGACGAUUCCACCGGUAAGAAAGAAUUGUCUAAAGGAGAUCCAAUUGAAACUUCUCAAGCAGCAGAACCGUUGCUCACACUGAAGCUUGGUAAAAGAUUCUACUUUGAGGAUGUUUCCCCUGGAAGCCAUUCCAAGAAAGCCUCUUCCUCUGCGGUUCCCGCGGCUCCUCCUUCGAGCGGAAAGAAAGGUAAAUCGGGUUGUCAGAACAUGCUACAUUGCUGCCAGGUGGAAGGUUGUGGCCUCGACCUCUCUUCUUCUAAAGAUUAUCAUCGUAAACAUAGAGUUUGUGAAAGUCAUUCCAAAUCCCCUAAGGUGGUUAUAGCUGGUUUGGAGCGUCGAUUUUGCCAACAAUGCAGCAGGUUUCAUUCUCUAUCGGAGUUUGAUGAGAAAAAAAGAAGCUGCAGACGUCGUCUUUCAGAUCACAAUGCAAGGCGCCGCAAACCUCAGCCCGGAGCAAUGCAACUGAAUCCAUCCGCUCUUUCUUCAUCACCCUAUGAUCAAAGACAAACAAUAGGCCCAUUUGCUUUUCCAAGGAACACUGCAAAUUUAGCAUGGCAUGGCAUACAUAACAGCAAACUCCCCGAAACUCAAGAUUUUAUGCUGAAACCUCCAAAAGCCUUCAACAAGAUUGUUUCUAUGCUUUCUGAUGAUUCCAAAGGCAUAGGGUCCAGGAGUACAUUUCCAGGUAUAGAAGAUCCAACAACCUUGUCUGAUCCAAAUGCCACACAAGAUGUUAACCGUGCUCUCUCUCUUCUGUCAACCAAUUCAUGGGGUGCAUACGAUACCAAAUCCCUCUCUUUAGAACACUCGAAUCGACCAACCGGGGAAACUCAUUCCAUAGCACAUGCAACUGCUAACCGCUCGCCUUUUCCUUCAUCAGAAUACUGGCACACUGAUCCGCAACAGGCCAACUCUAGCGCUUGUAUAUCGUUCUCAGGUUACGACAGUAGCAGUCGCUUUCAAGACUUUCAGCUGUUCAGCGCGCCGUUCGAGUCUAGUUUCCCUUGCAACCAGCUGGAUUGAUAAGUAUGCUUGUUAUCUUCAAAAACAUUAAAAUGAGUAUGCUUGUUCAUUUGAAUGGGCUCAACCUCAUUAUGACUAAUCAUCUUUUGGUAUGUUUUUGUUUAGAAGAGUACUAAUCAGAAAAACUUGUUUGUAUGCU